AUGUCGACGGAAGAUCAAUCCUCAAGAACUGGAGACAAUGUUCCAACCAAUUCCUCCAUGAACGAUCCUCCAGAUACCCGAGGUCAGCACAAUCAAGGAAUCAAUAUACGGGCUCGUAAUCCUCUUGAAGACCCUGCCGAUCCUUAUUACUUGCAUCAUGGAGACAACCCAGGGAAUGUUUUGGUUUCUCAACCUUUAACUGGACAAGACAACUACAUCGCAUGGAGUCGCGCUAUGCAACUUGCCAUUUCUGUCAAAAAUAAACUCGGUUUCCUCGACGGUUCUAUCUCUAAACCUCCUCUUUCUGAUCAUAUUUUGUAUAACGCUUGGAUUCGUAAUAACAAUAUUGUGAUUUCUUGGAUUCUCAACUCCGUGUCUAAGGAAAUUUCGUCUAGCAUAUUAUAUGAUGAAUCUGCUGCCGCAAUAUGGACUGACUUAAAGGUCCGUUUUCAUCAACGAAAUGGUCCUCACAUUUACAACCUCAGGAAAGAUCUUAUGAAUCUCAGGCAAGACAAUCAGAGUGUGAGUAUGUACUUUACAAGGUUGAAAACUAUAUGGGAACAACUCUCCAAUUACAGGCCGACUUGCACCUGCAAUGGCUGCACGUGUGGAGGUGUCAAGAAAUUACAAGAACACUACCAUAUGGAAUAUAUUAUGUCAUUCCUUAUGGGUUUAUCCGAUUUUUACUCGCAAGUGAAAAGCAGCAUUCUCCUUAUGGAUCCUUUACCCGAAGUGAAUAGGGUCUUUCAUCUUGUUUCUCAAGAAGAAAACCAGAGAGGAAACACCACCUCUACUGCUGAUCCCAAUCCUAAUCUUGCCUUUGCCUUUCGAAGGAACCAAAACACCCAACAAUAA